AUGGAAGACAUCCUGGAUGAGAGUUUGCACGCUGAUAAGCUUCGGACCAUCCCCAAUGCUUUCGACUCCCCGCCCGCCUACUUUGCCGCAUUCGCGUGGCUCCUCAUCGAGGAGACACGUGGCCAGCUGCAGCAGGCCCUCUCUGAGCUGGACGCAAAGGUGUGCCGAAGGAUUCAACUUCGGGGGGUCGGCGAUGGCCGCGGCCCAGGCUCUUUGCAACCCCCGCUGAGAACUGUCAGAUUCGAGUUUGAGGGAGUCGGACAGACUUCCGGGGGGGAGAAGGCGUUCAAGCCCACGGACGUGAUACUACUUUCGAACCUGAAGCCGGAACGACAGGAAGAUCUGCAAAGAGAAGGCGUCCUAUACACUCUGGGCGUCCUGCGCGGCGAUCGUGACGACAGCCCGGGCGACUGCGCCUACCAAGAAGCCACGGUCUACCUGCCGGACGGCAGUCGGGAAUCUGAGGCGCUCUGCGAUCCGGCCAACCGGGACGGCCGCUGGCACGCCACGUGCCUCGCGCCGCUUGCGACCAGCUUGCGGAUCUGGAGGGCGCUGCAUAGUGGGGUGGACGGAUCUGCACCGAGAGCCGGAUUCGGGCUGACGUCACAAGUCCUGGGCGCCCAGCAGCCGACUACCGGGCGGUCGGAAGGCGGAAUAAACCGGGGCGCUGGAAAGGCGGAGUCGCCUACCGGAGAGGGGCAGAUGCAACGAGGUCUGGCCGAACUCAAGAGCGCGUUACGCAAUCUUUGCGAGGGAGCAAAGUUGAACCCCUCGCAGAGGGACGCCGUUCUGGACGUUGUCUCGGCCUGGCAAGCGCCCGGACUCGCGUCGGUAAAUCUCGUGCAAGGGCCCCCGGGUACCGGCAAGACCAGCACGGUAGUCGCCAUGCUGCGCGCGUUCGCAGGGCUGGGCGCGCGCGCGCUCGUGAGCGCGCCCACCAACGUGGCGGUCUCGGAGGUCGUCCUCCGGCUGCUGCGCGAGCUGAGGGCCGACGGAGCGCGCGCGCUGCCCACAGGGUUUAAGGGGUUUGGCGCCGGGGAUAUCGCUCUGAUCGGGAACAAGGACAGUCUCGACGUGACGGACGGGCCACUAAAUGAGGUUUACCUUCCGGCAAGGGCCAAACGAUUGGCGGGGGCCCUGUCUCCGGUAGCUGGGUGGGUGGCUAGGGUGCAUUCUCUGACUGAGUUCCUCCGAUCGGCAGACGAGCAGUACCGGCAGGCAACGGAAGGCGGCGAAAGUGCUCGGAAGGCCGACCAACCAAUAAGCCUCCAGGGGUUUUGCAUCAAACAACUUCAGAUGGUACAUCAAGACUUGGAGGAGAACGCAGCGCCUCUGUGCAACGACCUCCCGAGCGCUUCCCCCGGCCUGGCGUCCUUCCGCGACAGCGCGCGCGAGCUUCUCCAAAACCUCCAAACCCUGAGAAAUGCCGUCGGCGCGCUGCCUCAAGCGUCGAAGGCGCUCGAGCUCUACUUUACUGCGAAUCCGCGUCCAAAGGAUGAAAGCUUGGAAAGCGACGCGCGACGCGUCAGCGCCGCGGUGGACAGGAUUUUGGGGAUUUCCAUGCGGCCCAGCGCGCUUCGGGUGCCGAUUAACAUCGGCCCGUCGGCUGCCCAGCUGGAGACCUCUUGCCUGCAAAACGCGGCGCUCGUAUUUUGCACAGUCUCGUGUGCGGGCCGGAGCGAAAUGAGAUCGGCGGGCAGAUUUGAUCUCGCGCUUAUCGACGAGGCGGCGCAACUGGUGGAAGCGGAAACGGCAAUCAUUCUCACCGGUUGGCCGGGGCUCAAGCUGCUGGUGCUGGUGGGCGACCACCUGCAGCUGCCCGCGACUGUGACGAGUCGCCUCGCGAAGGAGCACCGAUACGACCGGAGUCUCUUCGAGCGAUUGAAGGAAAACGGGCACCGCAGCGUACUGCUGAACACUCAGUACAGAAUGCAUCCGGAGAUCAGCCGGUGGCCGCUCGGGGCCUUCUACGGGGAGCAGGUUCAAGACGGGCGCAACGUCACGGAGGGCAGGUACAAUCAAGCUUACGUCAGCAGGCUGCUGGGCCCGUAUGCGUUCAUCGACGCGGCGGAAGGGAGGGAAGAGAAAGACCCAGGGGGGGCGAGUAAGUGCAACCGCAUGGAAGCGGACCUGGUUCUACAUCUGCUCAGAAAGCUGAGGUCAGCAUGCGAGGCCGCCGGGGUGUCGGCUGACGUCGGCGUCAUCACGCCCUACAAGCGCCAGGUGGAGCUGCUCGCGGGGCACGUUCCUGCGGUGACACGUGGCAGCCAGUCGGGCCCCGGCUUGACGGUAGAGGUCCGGUCGGUGGACGGGUUUCAGGGGCGGGAGAAGGACGUCAUCAUCUUCUCGGCAGUUAGGGCUAACCGGGCGGGUGUUAUCGGGUUUCUCGGGGAUGAGCGCCGGUUAAACGUGGCGCUAACCCGCGCCAAGUUUGCGCUUUGGAUCGUCGGGGACGCGCAGACUCUGCAGGCGCGCGAUCCCGUUUGGAAGAGCCUGGUUGAGGACGCGGUUACGCGAGGGGCUAGGAUCCAAGCAGGGUCGCACAAGUCGAUGCAGAAGGUGGUUAAGAACAGGUUAGCGGCUUACGAGGACUGGAACAACAUCCUGACGUCGAACUCGAGCAUGUUCGAAGGUCUCCCCUGGAAGAUAGUCUUCUCCAAGGAGCUGCGCGACGCGCUGGUGGGCAUCAAGUCGCGCGAGGCUCGGCUCAAGGUCCUCUUCCAGCUGCAGUCGCUCGCGCAGGGGAAGCGUCCGAAGUUCGCGUCCGGAGACGCGGACGCCGGGGAAGACUUCCGGGACCUGAUCCACCUGCUGCCAGUGUACAACUACAGCCUCAUCUGGACGGUGGACGUCGACCGGGCGACCAACACGCAGGUCCACACGCAGGUCCUUCGCGCGUGGCACCUGGUCUUGAGCAGCCAGCGCCUGGCUUUCAUCCGACGCCUGGAAUCCAGCUAUCGAACCUACUCCCCCGGCUAUUUGCACCGCUGCCGGGCGAAACGGUCACCGGACAAGAACGGUCUCGUGCUGCCGCUCACUUGGGAUAGAGACGACCGGUUCGUGUGGUUCAAAAAGGACCGGGCCGUCGAAGUCUCGGAGGAGGCCCUCGAGCAUUCUGGCGAAGCGGCCGCCGCGGGGCUGGAGGAAGCGGCUGUGGAUGAGAGCCUGCUGCUCCUCAAGUUCUACGAGAUGUCGCCCGGGGCAGCCCACGUGCUGAUGACGGCAGCUGACGGCAGCGAGCUGGAGCUGCCGUUCGAGGUCAGCGAGCAGGAGGCGGCCAUCGUGCAGUACCCGAAAAGCGUCUUCAUACUCGGGCGCUCCGGCACUGGCAAGACGACAGUCAUCACUACCCGCCUCCUUCAAAAAGAGCAGCGCUUCAAGGCGGCCCUCGCCGCGGCCCCCAGCGCCGUGCCAAACCCUCCAAAGCCCGACGCGGGCGCGGCCGCGACCGUCGAGGGCGGCGCCGAUCCGCCGCGCCUGCGGCAGCUGAUGGUGACGCUCAGCCCAAAGCUGUGCGCGGCGAUUCGCCAGUCGCUCAACAGGACAAUGCGCUGCAUGGAGGCGGCGGACAGCGGAACGGCCCAAAACGAGGCCACGCAGCCCGCGGUUGGCCUUCAGGACGUCAUGCUGGAUGAAACCGAGGAGGCCCGGUUGCUGGGCGAUAUUCCGGACGACAUGACUCAGCUGGAGCCCGGGAUGUUCCCCCUAGUCAUCACGUUCCGCAAGUUCGUAACCAUGCUGGACGGCGGCAUCGCCCGGCCAUUCUUCCCCAAACAAGGCCCUACAGGAGCCGCCGCCCUCGGUUCCAUCCGCAUCGGAGAAGGUGCCCAAUCAUCGGACGAUGACGAGUCCAUCAUGGCGGAUGAUGACGGUCUGAGUCCCGGGGACGGGGAAGAAAGCGGUGCUGACGACGGUGCUGACGUCCGCUUCGCACCGGGGAAAAAACGCUGCGCGCGGAAGGCUCGAGAUGAGUGGCGACAGGAGGUCGACUAUGACAGGUUCGUGGGCUCCGACUACUGGCCUCACACGGACAUGCGCCUCCGGAAGAAGUUCGACCCGUCGGCGGUCUACACCGAAAUCAUUUCGACCAUCAAGGGAAGCCAGGAAUCUCUACGCUUCCCCCAGGGCCGCCUGAGCCGGGAAGCCUAUCUAAAGCUCUCGGAAGCCCGGUCGUCGUCCUUCAGCCCCGAGCAGCGGUCCGAAAUUUACCAACUCUUCGAGCAGUACGAGAGGCGGAAGCGCGCGCUGCGCGAUUACGACAUCGCUGACGUGGUCGGGCACGUGUACCGGGAGCUAACCCGGGAGGGUUACCGCUUGGUGACCCACCAGUUUGUGUACGUGGACGAAGUGCAAGACCUGACGCAAGCGCAGCUCGCGCUGUUCAAGUUCGUGUGCGCGCACAUCGAAGGCGGGUUCGUCUUCGCGGGGGACACCGCGCAGACGAUCGCGCGCGGCGUCGGCUUCCGCUUCGAAGACGUGCGACGGCUCUUCUACAGCGAGUUUCUCCGGCGAGACUGUUCCGUUAGAGAGCGGGCAGAAUCCGGCGGAACGGGCGUACCGGACGUCCACCAGCUGACGACCAACUUUCGGACGCACAGCGGGAUCGUUCGCGUGGCGGAUUCCGUGAUCCGGCUACUGGUGCACUUCUUUCCGGCGAUGGUGGAUCGGCUGCAACCGGAAAGCUCCUUGAUCGCGGGGGAGAUGCCGACGGUUUUGCAUACUGGGGCGGACGUCGACUUUCUCGCCGCGCUCUUUGGCAAGGGGUCCUUCCAGGUGAGGCUACCUGAGGAGGCGCCCGUUGGGGGGGCGCCCCAACAGGGCGUGCAUAUAUUGUAUUGCUGGGCAGCUUUGCUCCAAGGCUUCUCCAAGAAACUGGUUGCGGGCACGGGCGGGUGCGAGUUCGGCGCGGAACAGGUGGUGCUGGUGCGCGACGCGGCCGCGAAGCGGCGGCUGGUGGACCGAGUGGGCACGGACAUGCUGGUGCUUACCGUGCACGAGUGCAAGGGGCUCGAGUUUCAGGACGUCCUGGUGUAUAACUUCUUCUCGGACUCCCCCCUCGGCGUCAAAUGGCGCGUCGUGUACAACUACCUCAACAACGUGCGGCCUUCGUCCGCCCACAGCGAAUUCCCUUCCCCCGAGCUCGCCUGCCCGCCUUUCGACCCCGUGCGGCAUCACCUGCUUUGCAGCGAACUAAAACAGCUGUACGUCGUCCUGACGCGCGCGCGCCAGCGGCUGUGGGUCUUCGACGAGUCGCCCGAGCUGCGCCGCCCUAUGCUUGACUUCUGGACGGGGGGUUCAUCUCUGGUGCAACUCCUCCCCCUCACACCGGAGCUGGUCGCUUCGUUCCAAAGCCGGAGCACGCCCGAGGAGUGGGCGCGCAGGGGCCGCCAGUUCUUCAACGAACGCGGGUACGACUCCGCGGUCCUGUGCUUCGAGCGCGCGGGCGACGCGUUCCAUGCCACGUGGGCGCGCGCCGCGGGGCUGCGGCAGGCGGCCGACCGCGCGCCGGAUACGCGCGUCGCGGCAGCCUCGUACGCGCGCGCGGCUGAGCUGUUCCUCGAGCUGGACAAGGGGGAGAGCGCGGGGGACUGUCUGCGAAAGGCACGGAGGUUCGCGGACGCGGGGGCAGUUUUCAAGGAGAAAUGCGCCCCCCCGCUGUGGGGAAAGGCGGCGGAAUGCUUCGAGAUGGCGGGCAGCUGGGCAGAGGCGGCGGAAGCGUACUCGGAGGCGCGCGCGCGCGAGCUCGCGCUGAGAGCGUGCCUUAAGGGGAGGCAGCUGCAGCUGGGGGUUGGGCUGCUGAAAGAGUGGGAGAAAGAGGGGGGCUUCGACCAGACGUUGGUGGACCUAAAGGCUGACUACCUAAACAGGUGCGCCCUUCACUACCACCGCCGCAAAGACACCUCCCUGAUGCUGGAGUGCGUCCUCGCCUUCCCUUCGCAAUCGAAGCGCCGCCAAUUCCUGGAGCGCCGCGACUACUUCGACGAGGUAAUUGCGGUCGAGACAGCCGACGGCAACUUUGCGGCGGCCGCCCGGCUGUUCGACAAGAAGGGGGACCGCGCGCGCGCCGCCGACAUGUACGAGGCCGCGGCCGAGAUGGCCAGUCCUGAAGAGGAGCGCGCGCUCGCGUCGCUCGUUGGCGCGAAGGAGCAGUCGCCCGGCGCGCCAGUCGGCGUAGAGGAAAGCGCGCGCGCGCUCGUGAAGCGCGCGGCGGAGCUGCGCCUUCAGGCAGUGCGGCUGGAGAUGUUCUGGUCAGAGGGGAGGGGUGUGUGGCCAAUUCGUGGCCGCGAAGACCACGCGAAAAUUCUGGAUUUGGUGGAAAGAUUGUGCUUGCAGCUCGGGGACGGGGCGGCGAGGCUUCAGCUGGGCGUCCGUGCGCUGCGCGCGCUCGCAGGCCUUCACGGAGAAGACGUUAAGGCCCUGUGGAUAGAAGCGAUGGCGAAAGAAGAGCUGAGCCUCGCGCUAAUCCUUUUGCGUCAGGCUCUCAGCGAGGCCUGUGCUGAGGCUUGGUCGAGGGCAGACCGAUUUCACAAAGAAGACCGGGGCGCAGAGCAACAGGGGCGCAACCGACCAUUCGAAACUGAGUCGUUCGAGCAGUUUCUGGCGAAGGUCAAGUCGGCGGCUUGGGCCUGGGAGGAGUGGUACGGCCUGGUGUCGCGGUGUUUGACGGCUCUGGAGCGCGCUCUGAACGCGCGCACGCAGGGCGACGACCCGCGCGUUCUCGCGGGCGUAGAGCGCUUCUUUGAGGUGGGUCCGUCGGGCAGCCCGGGGGCGCGAGUGGUGGAGGACACCGGCGCGGGUUGGUGCAAGGGAGUUCCAAUAACCCGGCUCCCUAACCAGGGUUCCAAGGGCGAGAUCACCGCAGUCACGUUCAGGAAGCAGGCCUCCAGAUUUCUCUAUGCGGAGGUGGUGAAAGCCGGGGCGAACUACCGGGCGCUUCUGGAGGCUUCCGUUGAGCUUCUGACUCCCCCGGUCGCGCUUCCACCGCCCGUUCUGAUGCAGCAGAGUCCGGGGCAAGCGCUCACCGCAGACCGGGUCCAGAUCAUCAGCCGGCUGUGGCAGCUCGCGGACAGCGUGCCGGAAUCGGUUCCGGCGGAAUGCGCCGGGGCGUGCGCCGCACGGUUGUGGGAUUGUCUGCUGCCGAAAAUAACGUCGGCGGGGGCGGCGCUCGAGGCGGCCGCACUGCGGGGGGACCCGCGUGUGCGCGCGAUGCUGACGUCAGUCGCGGAAGCGGUCGCCGAGGGGCGGUCGCCGGUCAACGGGGGCCAGAGCGGGCUGGUGCGCGAGCGGGUGCAGGUUAGCUGGGAUCCCGCGCGGCUGGCGGCGCAAACGGCGUUCGAAGAGAGAGACGUUCUGCCCCUCGAGGCGGUCGGGCAGCUCCAGCUCUUGAUUCCGUUCCUGGACGCAGACUGGUUCGAGAGCGCGAGAUGCGCCGGAACGUUCGGCGGAAGGCUGCACGUCAUCCCGCCGCCCGGUUUCCUGGAAGACCUUCGCACCCGGGCGCUGCGCUUCGGCGCGUCGUGGGAGCUCGCGGCCGCCGCGGCUUUGCAGCGCGGGCCAAACCUCCAAGCCACGGGAGAAGAUCGAUUUGCGGCCUUCAACGGGGCGUGGUUCAACGGCAAGGCGCUGCUGGAGCUGUUCAGUCCUGUUUGGCUGCAGAAAGGAGGUUAUCCAAACCCCUUCACGUUUGUUCGGCUGGUUGAGCGGGCGGUUGUCCAGUCGUGUGCGGCGGUUAGCCAGCUUAACCACCUGGUUCUGCCAACGACGUGGGUUCUCGACCACAUGGAGGGCCCUGUUCAAGAGUCCCUCUUCACGCUGCUCCUAGAGUCUGGCUGUACAAGCGACCAGCAGUACCAGCUAAGGGGCCUAUUGCGCCAGCUGCUAGAAAUGGUAAUCCAGUAUCUCGACAAUUUAGAAACGUGGAUAGCCAGAGCUGGUUUGAAUAGGGUUAAAGAAGAGCCCAUUCUCGUAGUGCGGCUGCUCGUGGUCCUCCUAACCCUCGCCGCUAACCCUCAAGUCGAUCCUGGCCGCCACUUCCUCGGCCCUGUUUGUAAUGCAAUGAACUUUCUCGUCCGAAACCCGGUUCCGGGUGUACCCGUUCCGGUUAUCGCGGCACUGCAACAAGCUGCUGAGCACCGGAGAUUUCUAAGUGUUUCGGACGUGGGUUCCGCGCUUGCGCGGACGCUCGCGGCGAUCGGCGGCCGUCUGACGGUGCUGCAGCGCGAGAGGUGGGUUCUGCCGCGCGCCAAACGGGCCGACUUCCACUGGGCGGCGAAGCUGCGGAGGGUGAUCGUUUCCGCGGAAGUCAACGGGCGGAACGUGUUCAGCAUCGGAGCUCUGCUGUCGGCGGCGCCUAAGUUCUGCGUACGCGACUGGGCAAGCGGCGACUCCCUCGGUGCAGCCGUUCCGUCCGCGGAAUCAGCGGAAGCACAGGGGCCGAACAACGGAGCGGACAGCGAGAGCGGGCAACCUGCCCUAGAAGAAGAGGCCGUGCAAGCGGACAUCGGGACCGAAUCGGACGCGCAGUGCCCUCAGCCGGACGAUGAGGACGCCGAACAGGACGCAGAUCGCUCGCGGGCGUCCGAACAGCAGCCGGUCGCGCCCCCGAGCGCCGCCCUCCUCACCCUCGCCGAACGGCUGCCCCGGCACGUGCGAGAGCGACUGGCGUUCCUGCUGAUGCGCGCGCGCGCGCGCCUUGCGGAGGACCGGGACCCCGUGAAGCGAUUGGCGAACGAGGUGCGGCGGGCUUUCGCGCGCCAGCAUCUCUCUUGCCCCAGCGCCAAGUCAGCGGAGUACAGGGCGCGCUUCAGGGCCGAGGCGUGCCCGCUGCAGGUCAAGAGCGAGCACUUCCUGGAAGCGCUGCGCGCGUGCAUCCGCGCUUUGAAAGCGGGCAGCGACGAAACGGACGAGCUGGAUGAAACGCUCGACAUUGAAGAGGAGCUGGCGCGGCUGCUCCCCUUCUUCAACCCCAGGCAUAAGGCGCACCUCGAUUGUGACGUCAGAUGGCUCGACGGAUACCUGCUACGCCCCACAAGGGCCGAGCUUGCGCGCGGGCAGACAAAGCUUGCGCCACGUCUGGCGUCAUCCGUGACGUCCUCGGACUUGGGAGAGGAGGGAGGCCGCUGUCGGAUCUCUACCAACCAAGGGCCGAGCCGAAACAAGCAGAAAGGGAACCAGAAACGAAAGCAGAAGGGAAAGGUUUUCUAG